GGUGUGCAUAUGCGCAAUGAGGUUGUGAUAACUAUGAGCGGCACGUUCCCUCCAACGUUUCGUACGUCCUCGGAGCCCUGUACGCUCUCCGUCUCGUCUGCUUGGGUUCGGACUUCACUGCAGCGGUAUAACGACGAACAAUCGCUGGAUCCGUCCGGCAAAGGAUUGCUUUUACCGCUAUAAGACGCGUCUCGCGAAAGUUUGCAUAAUGAAGCGACCCAAGAAGAGGAACACUCCUACAACCGAGUGCUCCGAGCGAACAGAGUGAGAGAAGCAAUGCGGGAAUGUGACAACAUGCGAAGCGAGUGAUUCACGUAGCAGAGCGAACCUGACUCGGGGAUUCAUCCCGUCCCGGGUGUUAUAUUGUGGCGAGAAUCACAAUUAAGCGGCAUUUAUGCUGUUAGGCACAAAUCAUUCAAUUACUGUGAAAAACGUGACGAUCAAGCUUUAUUACGGGGACUGAUUAUGGGGUGUUACAUUAGGUUUAAGUGUCAAAUUGAAUAAUGCUUAAUACACCGGAGCAGCUUUUUGCGUGGGGGAUGUGUGUAAAAAACACGUAAGGUCCAAAAUCCACCUAAAUGCCGAAAUUCGUGUAGAAACCGCGGGAUUUUCGAAAUCCACAAAAAAAAUCUUCCACCAACAAAUCAGAAACCACGAAAAAAGCCACUUCAGUGUUUCAGAAAAAUUCGUGUACAGUAGUGUGGAUUAAAGGGAACUGUUCAAAAACUCAAAGUGUACUGAACGAAGUACAUCAAAAUGGUAAAACAACAACCCAACAUGAUCAUCACCCCAAAACAAACACAACACUCAUCACCUGCCCCGUGGCAUCGCAAUACCUGUUCUUCCGAAUUCAGUAACCCGAAUCGAAACGAUCGACCGGACAGAGCACGGCAGAAAAAAAAACCUCCGAGGGUGCACACAUAUUGAUUGACAAUAUCAAGAAUACAUUCAUUUCUUUUUUUUUAUUUCUCAUCCCUGGGAUCUCUCUCCCCCUCGCGCAGCAGUCCUCCGGUCGGCGGCUUAACGCGCGUGUGUGUAUCGAUACGGUCGCGUUUUUUUUAUUCCGCUUCAUUUCGUUAAUUUUGCUCCUCCUUAGGCUCGGCCACAUUCUCAUUUAAAUUAGUAUUUUCUAAAGCGUACGCGAGUUCGGCCGAUUCCUCGGUAACGCUACUCCGCAGAACAACGCACGGGGUCUCGAGAGAUAGAGAAAUACACUACCAGAAGUAGGUGGCCAGAGUCGCACAACAAUCUGUUGUGGAAGAGUGUGUGCUUACGGGUUCAGUGAGUUUGAUUACACCGUUAAUUGGGGAGACUUAAUUUUCCGUGUAUGUGCGCGCCUGCGGAACGUAAUUACCCGCCCGAAAGUGAUUGCAGUCCAAAUUGGUUGGAUUUCGUUGGAUGCGUGUUAAUUGGUAUAACAGGGCGCGAUACCAAAUUACCACCCCAGAAGUAGCAGAAGCUAAAGCCCACCAAAGUGAUGACAUUUUGGUCACGAGACUACUAAACGGAACGGUCGAACAACUGUCAUCGGAUAAACAGCGUGUAGCGCGAACAGAUAACACUCCUCGCCACUGAACGAGGUGCGCAAACAAGCGGCUGAUCACUAAUUUUUACGACCCGCCGCUGUCGUCGUGGUCGUCGCCAUCGCCGUCGUCACUGAAUACGCGAGCAACAGUAAGAGUCGUAUAAAAUUAACAACAGAAGAAAACCAGUCCAAGAAAGAGAGUCACGGAUCAAACACCCCGCGCCGCACUCCCCGCAGCGCAGCAACUAAUCCACCACAGACAGCAGCACGAUCGGUACGAACGGGAGAAUAGCGAUAGAAAGGCAUCGGGCGCGCAGAUCGAAGGUACUAAAUUAAUUAACGGACCUCCACAUCGUCGCUUUAUUUCGCCUUCGUUACCGGGGAGUGGCCCGAAAACGGGAGUGUGCCGAGCCGAUGAGGUCAAUCGACACCUUUACGCCCGAUCUCGUUGGGUCCGUCAAAACACGGCAUUCGACAUGAAGCGACGACCUCCGAAAGGGGUCUCGAGUGAAAUCGGCGCCACGACACGAUCGUGCCACCAUGAACAGCUGAAGGGAGCACGCGGAGGGAACGCAAGUUUUCUUCACUAUCUGUGAUUGUAACACAACAUUCCAACACCUCGCGGUUUAAGUAAAAAAAAACAAUUUAAAGAAAAAAGAGAGCAAAACAAAGUAACGUAAAUAAAAGGAUUUCGUAAGAGAAAAAAUAGAGCAAAUUCGGCUAAAAUGUCGCAAGGAACGUACGUCAGCAAGUAUGCCGGCGAAUUUUGCAAGCUCGUCGUCGAGGGUGACCUCGGGAAGAUCAAAUCUAAGUUCAAAGAUCUCGUGCUCGACUAUCAAACGCCGGAAGAUCUCAACACGCCCCUGCAUCUGUCGAUCAUUGCCCAGCAGAAUCGUAACGAGAUCAUCCAGUUUCUGAUCGAAUCCGGGGCGGACUGCGAUUUGCGCAACUCGAUGAACCUGACCGCAUCCGAGCUGGCGAUAAAUCUCAACUUCCUCGACGUAACGAAGCACAUGCUGGCGGUUGAGUUCCGUAAUCUCUCCGAUUAUCGCUGCUUCUAUCGGUUGAUCCGUCGCGGAUCGGUUCCGCUGUUGCAGCUGUUCCUUGAGCUGAAGAACUUCGACGUGCAUCAGCAGAUCCACUUUUUGUCCAGCGUGUGGCACGAGUUGUACGUGAAGAGUGUCCAGAUAUCGAAGAACAUGGAAAACUUUCUCGAGUACCAACUGCUCAAUUACAGCUACGCAUAUCACCAUCCACCGAGUCAGAAGCCAGACCGGCUCAAGUUCGACAAGGAGCACGAGAAUCGAAUCGACCUGAUCGUCGAAUAUACGCGCUUCCUGAGCGGUCAGUACGCCACCGACAAUCUGAACGAGUUCGACGACAAAUUUCUACUGGCGAUCAAGAUCAUCUACGACAAUCUGUUCUUCAUCAAGGACAAGCACGAGUUUGCCCAUCUGCCGAUGGUGGAAACGGAGCGAUGUCUAGCGAUUUUUCUCGCCAUCUUCAAGAAGAGUCCCGACUACGAAAUCUACAAGCUGAUCAUCAACAAGAAACAGCUGCUGCUGUUCCUAACUGCCGUUUGCGACGAGUUGGACAAAAUCAAAAAAGAUCUGCUCGACAAGGAGAACCGCAGCCAGCAAAAGUGGACGAACGACCUGUUCCUACACCUGAUCAACUGCAUUCGCGAUGCGACACCAGCGAAAUCGACGAAAGCCAUUAACGCGCUGUGGAAGAAAAAAUGUCCCCUCAAAAAGAAACACAUCUACUACGUGAAGUCACGACUCAAAGCCAAUCCGGAGCUGAACGCAAUCCAAGCCCGGUUGAUCAACAAUCUGUCCAAAGCGGAGCUGGAAGUCGUACGUGCGGAGAUGAAGACGAAAGAGUUCCUCAAUCUGACGCGCACUGUGUCGCGAAAGAAUUACGUAGUCUUCAAGUGUCUACGGAAAACCUCCGAUCAUUUGGCGCAGCUGUACGCGAUCAAAAAGAUCCUACGGUAUUUGGAUGGGAUUUCCCGGGUGCAGCUUCCCCAGUAUCAAGUCUCCAGUGUGUUGGCGAUCAAGCGAACGCUGCAGGUUCUAGCGGACACCAGCAACAGUACAAAAUACAGCCCAAGUAUUCAACGAAAGUUGGAUUACGUGAUCAACAAGAUCUUGCCUCUUAAUCUGGACAUCGAAUUAAAGGAUUACUACACGCCCAACGUCACACUAUACAAACUGUGCUCGGAUAGGCUGGAGAACCGGUUGAUGCCAUUCGCUGAAGUGCAAUGUAGCCUAAAGUCGGUACGACGCUACUUUUCCCACAUUUUCGACCUUAAAAUCCUGGAAGCGUACAAGUGUUAUUUGGGAAAUGUGUACCAAUUGAAGGAUCGUCUCCAGGUGAAGUCCUACAAUCAGUAUGUGGGAGAAGCAAAUCGGUUGUACUUUGAGAACCACACCCUGGACGAUCUGUAUUUCGAGCUUGAAGACUGUAUACGAGCAGUGGAAGAACUGCAGGAAACCUUCAAUCAGCAGCACGAUGAUAAAAUCAGUGAUCUGUUGAGGUGUAUUCAUCAACCGCUAGCCCACCGCUAUGAAUCGCUGCUUCGGGAAGGUAAUGAACUGCUGGCCACAAUCAGUUGCAAUUUUAACACCAGUCUGCUGCUGGGAAACGCCAACCAGGACAUGGCUAAGGUGAAGCGAAUCGUACUAUCGUUCCUAAACGAAGACUACCCGAAGUAUGACAUCAGCAGCGACAGCCAGCUGGUCGGUGUGAACUUUGUCCUGCAGGAGAUGCUGCACCUGUUCACCAACUAUCUCUAUCAGUAUCAAAUGGAUGAACGGGUUUCGAAAAACUUCAUCACCAUGAUACACGUGCUGAACGUGGAGCGCUUCUUCGCCAUCGAACACUUUCUGCCUCCGAGAGGGAAAGAGUAUGACAGCCUAAUCCACCAGAACUAUACGAACGAGAUUCUGAAAAAGUUCAACCUCCCCAAUCUGAGCUCGAUCGAGUUUGCCGUCCUGCACGAGCAGCUGGCCAUCAAUUACUACGAUAACUGCUUCAAUCUGGACAAGAAGUACGCGGUGUUGACGAUGUUUAUGAAGACGACGAAUCGCCAAAUUAACGAUGCCAUAAUAAAGCGCAACAAGCGAAUGGAUCGCGAGGAGUUUCAGACCUAUCUGGAAGCCAAGUUGAAGCUGAUCGGGCAGUUUCUGCCGUGUAGCGAUUUCAAUGAGGUUACCCAGUUUAUCAACGAAGCGGCUCCGCAUGUCGAGUUUGCGCUGGAAUUCUGUCUACUGGAGAUCUGUGAGAUCCUGACCGAUCUGAACGUGUUUCAGGAUAACUCAUACGUACUAAAGCUGCAGUCGUCGAUCAUAAGUGGGAAGAAUCUGCGUGAGUAUCUGAUGCAUGAUCCGCUGGUCUAUGACAUGCUAACUUUGACUCACAGCACCAAGGUGAAGGUUUUUCUGAAUGGGUUGAUCUUCAAAAGCAAUGAUUUCAAGUUGUACCAGCCAACGAAUAACCUAAAGGUGAACGUUAGUGAUCUUGCUACUAUCAAUGAGAAUCUCGUGAACAGCUACAAAAUGAAGUGGAGCUGGGUAGAGCAGCAGGAGCGCUUGUUCAAGUCAGUGGAAAACAUCGAUCUGAAGCUGCUGCAAGCGUUGACUCCGGAUUACGCGGACAUCCGCGGGAUGCGGCUGGGUGCACUGCAGGAUGAGGCACCGAUCGCGGAGUACGAAAUUAUUGACUAUACUAUUAAAAAUAAUCUGAAGGCAAUGAUCGACUACCUGGCGGAUGAUGUUCAGGCGAUAUCUUUUGAGAAGCAGCAGUUUUUCCAGUAUUUGUUGGUGCGAAGUUUCGGCUCGCUGUUUGUUGACGCGCACGUGAGUUUGACGGGACCGCAUGAUCGGCAAGCGACGAUCCUGUACAUGGCGUUGUAUUUUCGAGCCUAUGAGAUCUUCUUGGAUAAUGUGAAAAAGUUUGAGUUGAGCGUCAAUCUUUCCAAGAUUGCCAAGUACAUCAAUCACGAGUUUAUUGACAAGAUUGCCAAGCAGAUGAAGGAUAUCGGUUGGAACUGUCAGGACGAAAACGGAGCGACGGUGCUGGACCAGUGUGUUCAGAAGGGUGAUACCCAGGCGGUGCGGAAGUUGAUAAAGCUCAGCGUGGAUGUGAAUCAGUGCAAUGGCGAUGGAAGUACGGCUCUGCAUAGGGCCUGCAGUUUGGGGCUGACUGAUAUCGUGCGGCUUCUGAUCAAGCAGAAUGUACAGGUUAACGUGGUUAACGAGCAGAGCUAUCUACCGUUGACGUAUGCGAUACAGUACCACGAGAAUGACCUCAUACCGGUGCUGAUGAGCGACGAGAUAAACGUGACUUCGGAGAAGCUUAGCCUUCUGCGGAGAGCGAUAAAGUACGGUAAUCUGGAAGCGUUGAAGUUUUUGCUGGAUAUUCAGCAAAUUGGCUUGGGUGUACGGUUAGACCAGGAAGACAACACGCUCAUCCAUCUGUGUGCCAUCCACAACAAAGCGGAGAUUUUGGCGUAUGUGAUAAACAACCACUUCAAGUACUUGCAGGACAGCCUGAACCGACAGAAUCGCUGCUCGAAGACACCUCUGCACAUAGCUAUCAGUAACGAUCGGUAUCGAAUCGCUGAGCUGCUGUUACAGCAGAGGGCCUCGGUAACGGUACGUGAUCAGUGCGGUCUAAAUGCGAUCGAGUGGGCCAUCGAACGAAACAGCGUAAAGAUGCUUAAAUUGCUGAUGAAAUACAACUUCAACCAGCAGAAGAACGCGAUACCCCAGUCGCCAUUGACGGUUGCGAUCGAGAAGAAGAACAUCCGAAUGCUCAAGCUGCUGAACAAGAUCGGUUACAGUCUGAACACGGAGCCGCUGUGUUUGAUCAAGGCUGUGUACGCACAGUCCGUAGAGUUGGUGAAGUAUCUGGUGGAAAGCAAUAAGAUGUGCUUGCACUAUAAAGAUCCGUACGACAGUUCGGCGCUGCAUGUCGCCAUUGCGAUCGGGUGCAAUGAAAUCGCCGCUUUUCUUAUAGAAAGUGGAUCGGAAAUCAACGCCGUCACCAAGUUCGGCGAAACGCCGCUUCAUAUAGCGGCGAAACACUGCAACAUUAUCGCUGCCCGGAUGUUGAUCCUGAAGUACGCAGCCAUCGACGAGAGGAAUUCCUCCGGAUUGACGCCCCUGAUGCAGGCUAUGUACUCGCGAAACCUGGAUAUUAUGAAGCUGCUCAUUGGAGCCGGGGCAAACAUCGAACUGCUCAAGAUCCACCUGGCAGAAAUUGAGCAAAUGUCGAAGAUACCGACGAUUCACAUGUUUGCCGACAACUACGGUCUGCUGGAGUUUAUGAUAUUGCAGCUGCAGUACGAUCCGAACGCACGGGAUGGACGCAAUCAGCAGACUUUACUGCACAAGGCAUGCUACGGCAACAAUCUGCAGAUCGUGCAGUUUCUGGUGGACUGGUGUAGACUGCAGACGGAACAGCAGGACAGCAAUAGCCGGACGCCACUGGCGAUUGCCAACGAGUACAAGAACUUUGAUGUGGCGGAAUUUUUGCGCGGAAAGAAAAGAAAGAAAUCGCAGAUUACGCCCCAGCGCUAUUUCGAUCCGACUGGGAUCAUAUGAGGAACGUUACCAGUGGUUACCUUUCCGAUGAACUAUCCGUUUCCUUAGUCCGGUUCGUGCUCCAAGUAAACGGUUUUCGUGCAUCGACCAAGAGCUAGCAGGUUGGGUACUUCUCGCAAUUACAAAAAAAAACAAACGAUUGCAAUGGAUAGUGUUUCGAGCGGGCUUUCUCGGUUGAUCGGCACCGUGUGUCGCUACGGGAGAGCAGCUCCUGAGUUUAUCCAGCUUUGCUCGUGCACGCAAGCCGUCUACGUCGAGUGAACCGGACUGCAGCUUGACCACGUGAUCAAACCUUCCGUACGUGCACGCCCUUCUGGAGCUGGAUUCUCUCGAUUUUGACCGAAAGUUCCUCUUCUCGUAAGGCUACUGCAACUCGUCACCGAAUUCGACCGACCGGCAUUCUUGAGAGCUUUUCGCCCAAUCUACAAUUCCAGGCGAACUGCUCUCGAAGAAUCUAUCCGUUUAGAUAUUUUUUACACACUAUUUGCGAAUUCAUCCGCAUGCAUUGCCGUUGUCUUACACACUUAGCAUUACAAAAAUCCGAGUGGAAUCUGCUGCAGAAUCUGGGCAUCUUGCGCGAAGAGGAAGCGGAUCACAGUGUGGUCCAGUGCCGCGCGUUUCAUUUUAACUACUUCAACUACUGUUACUGUUGCUAAAGUCUCGGCAAGCCUCGACCUUCUAGUCAGAGUAGGAUGUGUGCCGCGAGGUCACUUCCCCUAUGAUCCAAUAGUCCGUUUCAUUCCCAGUGAUCAACGCGGAUCAUCGGAGGAACCAACAAGUAAGCAGCGAGCGUUUGCCAAGCGGCUUUCAAUCUCAUCCAGUGAAACAAAAGACUUCUUCUACGUUCCUAAUUCUAACUUUUAGAUCACCAAACUGUACUGGUAACAAUGGGCGCUUAGCUUGUAUCUACUACGGUAAAGGGCAGUGUUGCCAAAAAACUAACACGAGAAAAAAGGCAGAAGGCAGAAGACAGAAACAGAAAGUAUAAUUAUGUAUAACUAAAUGUAAUACGAAUAUAUCUCGCAAAGUCUAGUUUUUAGAGAGUAAACUGCUAGCUGACUAGUUUUAAUCGUGAUUUACUGUGUAAAAGUGUGUGAUUUUGCGCAUAAAACUAGAGAUCGUGUAGAAGGUCAUUUUCUAAAAACAAACAAAAAGCAUGAGCAACUAGAGAAAAAUAAAACUAUCUUUUCUUUUAAUAAUUUGUAGGAAUGAUAGCAGUAAGCGAUUUCCCUAGCUUAAGAUAAAGAACACACGACUAGAGCUACACAUUAAGGUAAUUAUGAAGAAAAAAAAACACAUUUUAUCGUACCUUUUAGUAACGAAACCUCGCAUAUACUUUCGUCCGGAGUCUCGCAAACGUCACUUGUAGCCGCUUACGAUCGAGUUCCCACCUCUGUCGUCACGCAAGACAUGAAACUUAAAACCUCGCAUUUUCAUAAGAAAAACCAUAUAAACUAACCAUCAAAUCCGGUGGUGAACGCAAUCGCUAAGUGGACCGGAACGUUUGCCUGACUGUCCAGGGCGAUUAAAACAAUAUAAAAUAUAAAUUAUUUAUUAGGUAGACACUUGUUAUGCAUGCACCAAAUUUAUUAUAAUAUAAUAAAUUUCAAUGCAGCAUCAUAACAUCAACUGACAGCAACGGUAAACAGCAAUCAGCAGUAAAAGAUAAAAAAUACUAACAUCAAAACAAAAAAUAAUAAAACAGAAUCAAAAUUCUUGAAACUUAGCAAGCAGUUUAGUAAGAAAGGAUCAUACAAUCAACCACAGCGAAUGUACACAAUAUGAAAAUAAACAGACUGAAGGAUGAGCGCAAAUGCUGGAACGUAAAAGAGACAUCAUUCAGACGUAAAAUUAAAAAAAGAAAAGAUCAAAAAUACAUGCUCCAGAUCCAAUAACUUUGUCAAAAGUAACCAGCCAACCUAUCUUUAAACAAAAAAAAAAAACAACGCACGAAAAAAAUCCCAAACUCAUGCAGGUGUCUCUGUUUAAUGUCUAACGUUUAAAACAGAAUUAUAUGAAAAGAAGAAUGAAACUAUGAAACGAACAAGAAAAAAAAUAAGAAGAAACCACCACCAGAUGUCGCCUGCACCGAAAGAAGGGGAAGCUGUCGCGGACGACACAUUUGCCCAAUGAAGUAGAACGACACUGCCUUAUGGGCAAGUUUGUGGGACUGCACAGCGCUCUUUGGCUUGUUAAGACAGAAAAAAAACACGAAAAACCCAACAAAAGCAAGUUUUAUAGUUUUAGUUAUCGAAAUUUAUCUGAGAAAAGUAGGGUGGAAAUUCUCGAUGCGAUGGCGACAUCUAGAGGAUAACAAAAAAAAAUCACAAAAAAACGCACAAUGCAUUCCAAUUCGAGCAACCUAUCGAAACCCUUACAUUCCGUUUGUACUUUAAGUUCUAGUUUAUUCUAUACCCUACUGCAGCAACAAAAGAAAAAACGAAAACUUUGUUUAACUUUAACGCAUUAAAACCUCUUUUCCACUCAUUUGAAAUGGAUUUGUUUUGCAAUCAAUGCAGUGUCCGAUUAUUUUUUUUUUUGUUGAAUAAAUUUGAUCGAAAUUUGGAA